AUGGGUUCUUCAAAUCCCGAAGGAUCUGAACUCCCCCCUCCUCCACCCAUUCCGCCAAAUGUUGUCCCAAUUGUAGGAGGAGAAAAACCUCUUGAAUUAAUUAACAAACCAGCUCCUCCAAAACGAGUUCCCAUGAAAAGGCCUGGCAUUGGAUCUCAAGGUCAAAAGAUUUCACUUGUUACCAACCACUUCAAAGUGGGAUUGAACAAAUCUAAUACUGAGUUUUACCAUUAUAGUAUUGCCAUGCAAUAUGAUGAUGGAACUGAAGUUGACGGGAAAGGCAUUGGACGCAAGGUUCUUGACAAAGUUAAAGAGACAUAUAUCUUGGAGCUGGAAAACAAGGAAUUUGCUUAUGAUGGAGAGAAGAGCUUGUUCACUGUUGGCCAACUCCCUCGUAAACAACUUGAAUUCACGGUUGUACUGAAUGACAUAUCAUCAAGCAGGUCUGGGACGAAUGGGGUAUCCGGAGGCAGUUACUCCCUCGAAGAGAGUCAGGGCGAUAGGAAGAGAGUCAAGCAGUCAUUUCAAUCUAAAACAAUACAAGUGCAGGUCAACUUUGCUGCCAAAAUUUCAAUGCAAGCAAUUGCGAAUGCCUUGCGAGGUCAGGACUCUGAUCAUUUUCAGGAAGUAGUUAGAGUUCUUGACAUCAUUAUACGGCAGAAUGCAGCAAAGCAGGGAUGUCUCCUUGUUCUGCAGUCUUUCUUCCACAACAACCCAAGGAACUUCAUAGAGUUGGGAGGAGGGGUGUUAGGCUGCAGGGGUUUCCAUUCAAGCUUCCGGGCCACCCAAAGCGGCCUAUCCCUGAAUAUGGAUGUAUCUACAACAAUGAUUGUAAAACCUGGUCCUGUUCUGAAUUUCCUCAUGGAUAACCAAAAUGUCAAAACUCCUUACCAGAUUGAUUGGAUUAAGGCGAAGAGGAUGCUAAAAAAUCUAAAGGUUGAAACCUAUGCCUCCAAGAUGGAGUACAAAAUCACUGGAUUGAGUGACAAACCCUGCAAACAACUGACGUUCUUUCUGAAAUCAAAUCGAGGACAGGAUGGAGAUGGAGAAGAGAUCACUGUUUAUGAAUACUUUGCCCAGCAUAAGAACAUGAGGUUACGCGAUUCAGCAGAUUUUCCCUGCAUCAAUGUUGGAAAACCAAAGAAACCGUCUUACUUUCCUAUUGAGCUUUGUAAUUUGGUUUCCUUGCAACGCUAUACCAAGGCUUUAUCCAAUCUCCAAAGGGCUUCACUAGUGGAGAAGUCUCGGCAGAAGCCCCAAGAGCGAAUGUCAACUUUGCGUGAUGCAGUGAAGAGCAGUAAAUAUGAAGCUGACAUGAUGCUUCAGUCUUCUGGAAUAUCGAUUGGUACAGAAUUUAUGCAGGUUGAAGGCCGUGUUUUGCCAGCCCCAAGGUUGGUAGUGGGAAAUGGAGAGGAUUUUUCUCCUCGGAAUGGGAGAUGGAACUUCAACAAUAAGAAAUUAGUAAAACCUGUAAAACUAGAGCGCUGGGCUGUUGUAAAUUUCUCUGCUCGCUGUGACGUUCGCAACCUGGUCAACACUAUGAUAAAGUGUGGAAACAUGAAAGGAAUUUCCAUCGACUCUCCAUUUGAUGUGUUUGAAGAAAGUAAUCAGAAUAGGCGUGAGUCAGCUCUGACUAGAGUAGAAAAGAUGUUUGAAUACAUUAAGUCCAAACUUCCAGGACCUCCAAAGUUUCUGUUGUGCAUUCUUUCAGAGAGGAAGAAUUCAGACAUAUAUGGUCCAUGGAAAAGGAAAUGCCUUUCAGAAGUUGGGACUGUAACACAGUGUAUUGCACCUACUAAAGUGAAUGAUCAGUACAUCACAAAUGUGCUCCUGAAAAUUAAUGCAAAGCUUGAUGGAAUCAACUCCUUGCUAAUGGUGGAGCAUUCUCCUUCUCUGCCGUUGGUUUCCAAGUCACCCACUCUGAUUUUAGGCAUGGAUGUGUCACAUGGCUCACCCGGGCGUUCUGAUGUGCCUUCUAUUGCAGCGGUGGUCAGUUCCAGGAAAUGGCCUUUGAUUUCUUGUUACCGAGCUGCAGUUCGUACCCAAUCACCGAAAGUAGAAAUGAUCGCUAAUCUGUUCAAACCUGUGUCUGAUAAAGAGGACCAAGGCAUAAUCAGGGAACUUUUGCUAGACUUUUAUACUACUUCAAACAACAGGAAGCCGGAACAGAUAAUUAUUUUCAGGGAUGGAGUGAGUGAGUCUCAGUUCAACCAAGUUUUGAAUGUAGAAUUGGAUCAGAUUAUUGAGGCCUGCAAGUUUCUUGAUGAGAGCUGGUGUCCAAGGUUCAUGGUUAUUAUUGCACAAAAGAAUCAUCACACAAAAUUCUUCCAGGCUAGUGGUUCUCCUGACAAUGUUCCACCUGGUACUAUUAUUGACAACAAAGUCUGUCAUCCAAAGAACAAUGAUUUCUACUUAUGUUCUCAUGCUGGGAUGAUUGGUACAACUCGUCCUACUCAUUAUCAUGUUCUCUAUGAUGAAGUUGGCUUCUCAGCGGAUGACUUGCAAGAACUUGUUCAUUCUUUAUCAUAUGUUUACCAGAGGAGCACAACGGCCAUAUCUGUAGUUGCUCCAGUAUGCUAUGCUCAUCUAGCUGCAGCUCAGAUGAGUCAGUUUGUCAAGUUCAACGAUAUGUCAGAGACUGCUUCAAGCCAAGGUGGUUCUGGUGGUGUUACUGUUGCUGGAGCUGUGCCAGUGCAGGAAUUACCAAGGCUGCAUAUAAAAGUUGCUAACUCCAUGUUCUUCUGUUAGAGAUUUAGGACCUGUUUCAUAUCCCACGCUGACGGUGAUAUACAAUGCUGCUAGUAGGAAUUACAGGACAGAUAGCGAGAUUUCAAACAUUCCCAUCAUCUUUAAAAGUUUAAAUGGUUUCACAGCUCUGAACAUGGUAUAAUUUGACGAAUUCCAUUUAUUCCCGACUAGUAACAUAUAAAUCAGAAUUCCACAUUAUCCAAGUCUCAGCUCCAAACUGGAGGUUAGGGUUUAUAACCUUUU